AUGGCCACCACUCCCCAGAACGCAGAUCCCGAGGCAUUGUAUACUAAGCAGGCAUGCAUAGGAGGGGGCAGUUUCGGCAAGGUCUACAAGGGCGUCGACAAGCGCACUGGGCAAUCGGUGGCCAUCAAGAUUAUCGAUGUCGAGAACGCCGACGAUGAGGUCGACGAUAUCAUUCAAGAGAUCUCCAUCCUGUCGGGUCUCCACUCGCCAUAUGUCACCAAGUACUACGGCUCAUAUCUCAAGGGUUCCGACUUGUGGAUCAUCAUGGAGUUCUGCUCGGGUGGCAGCUGCGGCGACAUGCUCAAACCGGGCGUAAUACCGGAGGACUACAUCUGCAUCAUCGUAAAAGAGCUGCUUCUGGGUUUGGAGUAUCUGCAUAGCGACGGAAAACUGCAUCGUGAUAUCAAAGCUGCGAACAUCCUCCUGGGCGCCAAUGGACAGGUCAAGCUUGCGGAUUUUGGUGUUUCCGGCCAGCUCACUGCGACAAUGACGAAAAAGAAUACAUUCGUCGGCACCCCAUUCUGGAUGGCGCCUGAAGUCAUCAAGCAAUCUGGCUACGACCACAAAGCCGAUAUAUGGUCCCUCGGCAUCACUGCACUGGAACUGGCGCUUGGCGAACCUCCAUACAGCGACAUACAUCCCAUGAAGGUGCUGUUCCUGAUUCCUAAGAACCCCGCACCUCUACUCGAGGGCAACUUCAGUAAAGAGUUCAAGGACUUCGUGUGGAGGUGUCUGCGGAAAGAACCGCGCGAGAGACCGAGCGCCCGCGAUCUUCUGAAACAUCCAUGGAUACGGAAGGCGAAGCGGACGGCAUACUUGACGGAGCUGAUUGAGAGACAUGAGCGUUGGCAAGCAACUCAUCGUGAGGAUAAGGACGACGAUGAGGACGAUGUGGAAGAAGAUUCACCCUCACGGCAGAGCGAGCAGGAGGACUUGUGGGACUUUGGCACCGUGCGGCCGGUGGGCAAAAGAGCAAAUCCAAUGCCUGGCCUUCGCGCCAUGAACGAGUCGGGCAUGAAUUCGAGAAGCUCACCUGUGCAGCUGUCUCCACCCAAGCGAUCCGCAUUGAAUAAGGAGAGCUUCGGCGUGGAAGACAGCGAGAACUUGGAGCGAGGAACUAUUCGAGGCGCAAUGCUGCCGCCACCGCUUCCAAAGACACCAUCACCAUCGAAAAGGGCUGCACCUCCUCAAUCACCUGGCCCAGCAGCCAAAGUCCCAUUGCCGGCGUCGCCCACGCGGAAGCCCGUACCAGUAGUGCAGACGCCACCACAAACUCCUCGACAUGACUCCACACCUUCAUCACCCAAGCCACCGGCCACACCAGCAUCGCCGCGACUUCUCAAUGAUGACUUCUUGCAGCAAUCGAUAGCAUCGGACAUGUCGCAUUCCGUCACCACACCACCUGCGACAAACCAGGAGCCACAAUACGAGCAGCAGGUGGAUGGACAGGAGCAGCCUAUUACCGCAUUGAACUCUGUCGUGACACCCGCUCUUGAGGCAGCAUUACAUCGACGUGCAUACCAGCUGUCCCUCGUGCAAAAGAGACAUAAUGCCUCACAAACGAGUCGCGCAUCCGGUGUUGGUGUUUCUGACGUCAAUGGCCAAGCACUUUCUGCAGAGGAGCUUGUACUCAAGCGGCAAGCACAUGAGCAGAUACGCAAGUGCAUGGGCAAGAUCUCGAAGCUGUUUAAGGAAAUCGAUCACUGGGACAGCGUAUCUCCCGUUGGCAUGGGCGAUGGCGUGGAAGGACUUUUGGAGGGGUUUCUCGAGGAGAUUUUGUGCCGUGUAGAAGCAGAGGAUGCAUAGAUUCCCUUUUUUUGUUUGUUGGUAGACUUAGAGCGAUGGCGCUCGGCGUCGGAGCUUUCGGACGGACGUGUGUAAAUGACUGAAUGGGUGAUUCUUUGAUGGAUAGCACUGCAUUGAGCUGAAUAUGAAUGACAUGGCAUUGGAUUG